CUUAUGGGCUGGCAGUCCCACAGUGGAACAGAGCUACCCCUGCAAUGUUGUCAGCCAUCCUGUAUGCUUGUCUGAUGCUGUGGGGCAUGUGGGACUUUGGCCCCCAUCCUGGCAAUUCCUUCCUGCCCUCAGACCUGAACCUGACCCAGACAGCCCAGAUUUUCCAGGAUUUCAUGACACGGUUCAACAAAAUCUACUGGAGCCAAGAAGAAAAAGACCAUCGCUUCAAAGUCUUCGUGGAAAACCUGAAAGUGAUCUGUGAAUUACAGGCCUCGGAGUUGGGCACGGCCCAAUAUGGGGUUACUUUGUUCAGUGACCUGGCAGAAAGUGAGUUUGAGAAGAUCUUUGGGAUUCCUUACCCUGAUCAAGUCCCCACACUGAAUCAGUCAGGGAAACCCCUUAAGAAACAUGCAAAAUCCUGUGACUGGAGAAAACUUGGAGCCAUCACGGCAGUAAAAAAACAGGGCAAAUGCAAAUCAUGCUGGGCUUUUGCUGCUGUGUCCAACAUUGAGGCCUUGUGGAAUAUUCAUUAUCAUUCUCCGUUUAACCUUUCCGUACAGGAGGUUGUUGAUUGCGUGAGAUGUGGAGAUGGCUGCGACGGGGGUUAUGCCUGGGAAGCCUUCCAGACGGUUCUUAAUGACAGUGGACUGACAGAACAGGAAUACUAUCCCUACGUGGGAAAACCACAACAAUGCAGAAAGGACCGAGGAAAACCAGUUGCCUGGAUCCAUGAUUAUGAAUUCCUGCCCAGGGAUGAGAAAUAUGUAGCUCAUGUCGUUGCUUCCAGAGGCCCUGUAACAGCUAUCCUCAAUACCAAACCACUUCAGCACUACCAAAAAGGCAUUAUCCGGAGACCUUCUCAGGAAUGCAGCCCCAAACGACUGGACCAUGUCGUGCUCAUUGUGGGUUAUGGUGAAGUUAAAUCAAGGCGGGGAUCCUGGUCUGGACCAUACUGGAUCAUCCAGAACUCGUGGGGAAAGACCUGGGGAGAACAGGGGUAUUUUCGGCUGCAUCGAGGAACCAACGCUUGUGGCAUUGCCAUGUACCCAGUGACUGCUAUUGUUGAGAAUACUGGGACAAGAUCGCCUGGCUCCUGUCCUCCUUGACUGCACAACUGUAUCAGAAAGAGGGGGUGAAGGAACGUUGCCAGCUCUGCAGGCUAGUGGUACAGCUUCUCAACCAACAGGCAUGUUACUGAGAAGUGACAUCCUACAUUCUAUUUUUUUAAUCACAUUGUACACAAUAAUAUCACAAAUCUGGUUUAAUUUUUUUAAAUAAAAUGAGUAUUACAGAU